AUGAGUGACCCAACCAAUCCCAACAUCGAGAAGCGAACAACUCCCCAAUGGGCUCUCUAUCAGCGUGAGAACUUCUGGAAAGUACGCAUCCCAUCCACACCCCCAGUCCAUCUCAACCAGCUCGCUGACAAGGCAUCCUGGGCAACAGACCCCAGAAAGCUCGAAGAGGAGGCACACAAGAAAUUAAGUCAAGGGGGCUGGUUCUAUGCAUCCUCCAACGCCGGCAUGUCCAACACCCACCUCGCCAACCGGCAAGCCUUCUUCCGUCAUCGGAUCAUCCCCAACCAACUAGUGGACACCAACCUCCGUGAUACCACCACCGAGAUCUUCGGCCACAAAGUGUCCGCCCCAAUUGGCUUCGCGCCCAUCGGGAUCAACAAGAUCUACCACCCUUCUGCCGAGCUCGCAGUAGCCAAGGUCGCCGGCGAGCUCAACCUCCCCUACUGUCUCUCCACAGCAGGAAGCACCCCCAUCGAGAAAGUCGGCGAAGCCAACGGCCAAGGGCCCCGUUUCUUCCAACUAUACAUGCCACAUGAUGACGAGCUGACCUUGUCCUUGCUCAACCGAGCCUGGAACUCCGGGUUCGAUGCGCUGAUUCUCACAACCGAUACCUGGCAACUGGGCUGGCGACAUGACGACGUCGCCAAUUCCAAUUAUGCCUUUUACCGCGGCAUCGGGGCGGACCUUGGCUUGACGGAUCCCGUGUUCCAGAAACGGUGUCGCGAGGCUGGCAUCGACCCGGAGAAGGAUGUGGUGGCUGCGUCAGCCAAGUGGAUUGACUCUGUCUGGCAUGGGCGCGCAUGGUCGUGGGAGAAGAUCCCCUGGUUGAUUGAACAGUGGAAGAAGAUCUCUGGGGGUCGGCCGUUUGUUAUUAAAGGAAUUCAGUCUGUGGCGGAUGCGAAGAAGUGCGUUGAGUAUGGGGUUGAUGGAAUUGUGGUGAGCAAUCAUGCAGGGAGACAAGUGGACGGCGCCAUUGCAAGUCUUGAUGCGUUGGAGAAUAUCGCGAAUGCGGUUGGUGAUCAGAUUUACAUCAUGUUUGAUUCUGGUGUUCGUGGAGGCAGUGAUGUUGCUAAGGCGCUGGCCUUGGGAGCUCGCUUUGUUUUCGUCGGCCGGCUCUGGAUCUGGGGCCUCAGUAUCAUGGGUGAGGAGGGUGUUCGCCAUGUGAUGAAGUCGCUGUUGGCCGAUUUCGAUAUCCUGAUGGCUGUGGGAGGGUACAAUAGCGUCAAGGACUUUGAUAAGUCCAUACUAGGUAAGGAGAUCAGGAUGAAUCCUCAGGAUGGACGCUAA